AUGUCGAUCGCCCAAACCUACUUUCUCGCCCACAAGGCCCGGGCCAAGCUCUCCUAUGAGGCUGCCCGUCCCGAUCACAACCUCCGCCUGCUUGUCGGGCACGCCAAUCUCCUCGACUCGUUGAUGUUGGAGCUCGCCGACGCCGAGAGGGAACAAGAGUCGUGGUUCAAUCAGUCCGUCCGGGGUGCUUCCCAAUACACUGAAGAGAAGCACAUCCAAUGGGCCGACACGAUCGUUGAGGAGCCGGAGCACGACUGGCAAGUCGAGGAUGCCGAGUUGGAUUCGGACUCGGACUCCGACUCGGACAGUGACUUGAGCGACGAUGAAGACAUUGAAAUGGCCGAUGCCGUCUCCCUGAGGAGAAUACCUUCCAACACGAUGUUGCCUCACAAGGUGGAUUACGACUACCACGAAGAGGAGGAUGAUUACGACAUGGACGACGAGGAGGACUACGCCAAGCUGGCUCUGCAGCGCAGCCCAUCACACUCUACCUCGCCAUCAUCACCGCCAGAACUCGACGACGACUCAGACUCGACAGAAGACGAGUCAAUGCCGCCGUCACCGCCCACGGCACUCAUCACGGAGUUCGAGGCACCGCAGAAGGGGAGCGGCACAACAACAACAACAGCGACAGAUCCCAUAGAAAGCCAGUACUACCUCCCGCCACAAGGGGGUCUCAUCUCCGCGAUAUCAGUCUACUGA